CCCCUACUGUCAGACAAUCUUUGAUUGCGUUGACUGACGAUUGACUGAGUGAUGAGAAAAUCUCAGAAAACAAAACAAACAAUAUUAAACCGGGUUUAAAAUCAACACUAUUUUCAUUUAUUUUUCUUUUAUUAUACACGUAUAUUAUUAUUUCAUAAAUACAUUAUCUGCCAUAAAUAAUUUAAUGUAAUUCUAUAUUCCUGAAUAAAAAUUCCUCUGAAGUUAUAUAACUAAAUAUCACAAUGGCAGCUAGAAAAGUGAUUAUUGGAGGAGGUACAGGUUUUAUUGGUAGAAACUUAGGUGAACUACUGUUAACAAAAGGAUAUGAUGUAACGAACAUAGCUCGGAUGCCUGGUAUCAGCAACAUAUCUUGGUCUACAUUAGAAGUAGCAGGUUUGCCAAAAAGCACUUGUGCUGUAGUCAACUGUGCUGGACAGCAGUUUAUGGACUUUACAAAAUCCUGGACUCCAGGAUUUAAACAAAAUGUACAGAAUUCUCGAGUGUAUACAACACAAGCAUUAGCCAAGGCAAUAAAUAAUAGUCAAGAUAAACCAAGAGUAUAUGUUGUGGUCACUGGUGUUGGUGCAUAUGAACCUUCUGAAUAUAAUAAAUAUGAUGAGACCAGCCCUACUACUGGUAUUGAUUUCUUCUCAAGACUUGUGCUUGAGUGGGAGAAAGCUGCCUAUGUAGAUCCACCAGUCCGACUAGUAAUCAUCAGAUCUGGAGCAGUUUUAGGUCGAUGGGGUGGUAUGAUCAAAAAUAUGUUUCUACCUUUCUACUUUGGUUUCGGUGGGCGCAUCAGUUCUGGCAAACAAUAUCUACCUUGGAUACAUAUAGAUGAUCUUAUACGCCUUAUACAAUUUACCAUAGAGAAUGAAAAUGUUCAAGGAGUAUUAAAUGGUGUUGCUCCACACGUUAUUACUAAUGAGGAAUUUACAAAUUCUUUUGCCAAAGCGCUAAAGCGGCCAGCCGUUGUUCCUGUUCCCGAGAAAAUAUUAGAUUUCUUGUUAAAUCCUGAGAGAGCAAUGAUCAUGACUAAAGGACAACACGUCGUACCAAAAAGAGUUUUAGAAUACGGUUUUAAAUAUCAAUACGAUAAUAUAGACAAAGCUUGCAAGGAAUUUGCUCAUUUAUUUCCAAAGAGACAUCCACUUAAAUAAAUAUAGACUGUUGUUUGUU